UAGUUAAAUACGCCUGUAGUUCGGUCUGGACGCGAGAGAAUACACUUUCCACCCACUUCUUAGGCACUGCUCACUCUUAAGAGGAAAAAGGAACAAAGAGGAAGUUCGAGGCCGCCGGUAAAGCUAGGCUACUGCAAUGUCGAAGAGGGCUGCUGGACGCGUGCCGUGGGGCUCCGGGUGGCUGCUCUGGGUUCGGUUGUCGGUGUUGGUGCUGGAGCGCUUCCAGCACAUCGCAGGUUUACUGCAAGUGGAGAUGGCAGGGAGGACUCAGAUGGUUUUCUUGAAUGAAAAUGUGACUAUCAUUUGCAAGAUCGCUGGUUCAGCACAGCUGGACAUCAAAAGUAUGGGUAUCACCUGGUUUCAGAAGAGUCAAAAGUCUGAAACCUACACCAAACUGUUUGAGUAUUUCGGGAACCACAGGGAGGCAUCCCAACGUGGAGCCUGUGUGUCUCUACGGAGUCUGGAGAUGGGAGAUGCCUCACUGCAGCUGCCUGGUGUCCGGCUGGAGGAUGCAGGGGAGUACCGCUGUGAGCUGGUGGUUACUCCUCAGAAGGCUCAGGGGACUGUCUGGCUGGAGGUUGUAGCUCAGCCAGUCAGCAACUUGUCUGAACAAGUCAUGGUGAAAGAUAGCGGGGACAAACAUAUUUUAUGUACAUCAAGUGGGUUCUACCCAGAGCAUAUUAACAUCACGUGGAAAAAGUGGACCCAGAAUGAUCCCCACUUCCGGGAAUUUUCUAAGAACAUCACCACUGACCACAUGGUCAAGAAUGAGGAUGGUACAUUUAAUAUCACUAGCCACCUGAGGCUGAAGCCAUCUCUGGAAGACAAUGGGACCAUCUAUCAGUGUGUGGUAUGGCAUGUAUCCUUGCCCACAAUCCAGAGUUUCAACUUCCGCUUGAUUCUACAUCCAGAAUCUGAGAAGAAAACUGACUGGUUCUAUAUUGGAAUGGGUGUAUUAAUCAUUGGACUGAUCAUAUUAAUCAUUGGACUGAUCAUACUUUUUUUUUGUUUUUUUUCUUAAGAAAAGGUAAGGGGCUCCAAAGCAAAGUCAGGAAAAUGCUGGAAAUGGUGCCUGCAGGAGGAUGAGGAGAGAGGGUCUGUGCUCAUGUUGUCCAGCUCUAUAGACUGCCAGGCUCCUCUGUCCAUGGAAUCCAAGCAAGAACACUGGAAUGGGUUGCCAUUUCCUUCUCCAGGGGCCCUUCCCAACUCAGAGAUCGAACCCAAGUCUCCUGCAUUCCAGGUGGAUUCUUUACUGCUUGAGCCACUGGGGAAGCUGGAGGGUGAGAGACACUGUAAUCAGAGACUUCUGGAGGAUAAGAGACCCUCGAAGCUGGAACUGGAUCAGAUGACCGCUUCCUCAAUGCAUCAGCAAAUCUAG